UAUCGGCCCAAAACCACCCCUCUUCUCUUCCCCUUCCCAGUUCACACAUCCCUAAAUCACCUUUCCACCCUCGUCUCUGAUCAUCUGGGAUCGAUAUCAACGGCGCAAGCCUUGGAUUCGAGAUUGGUUAUUCUCCGAAAGGGGAAAUGAAAGGAUGAUAAGAAGCAUGACUAUGCCGCCAAUCGUAUAAGAUGAUUAAAGUUUAGGGAUUAAGAGGGCCAGUGCAGUUGUAGAGGACGGGAAGCUAUUCCUAGGUGGAUCCAUCUCUUGCAUGUGCCUUUCGGAUUGGUGUGCGCACUCUGACAUCCGUCUCCUUCGGUUCUGCAUUGGAGAUAAUUUCGUCAUGCUGCAUUGCUUGUGUUCUCUGGUUUUGUCUAUUUAAAUCUGGGUUUGGAGCUCAUGCUGAUUGUUAAAUAGAAUUCUCCUGCUUGAAUUCUCUCUGGUUUUGUCUAUUUUAAUCUUGGUUUGGAGCUCCUGCUGAUUGUUACAUAGAAUUCUCCUGCUUGAAUUCUCUCUGCUGGAAGGUAGUACUUGAUUUGCCAGCAAUUGGAAGGAUUUGGCAUCACUGUCAAGUCGGGGAUUUUAUGAUUUUUAGAUCUUAUAUACAAAACAUUGGUUUAUAUUUCUUCGUUGGUUGUUAGAUUGGAAAUGCUCGAAUACCUUUACACUUACCACUUUGGUUGCUGGAAACUCCAGUAUUGCAACCACAUGAACAUUAAUGACCUCUCACCAAUAUUAUAAUAUACUUUCUAUUAUUUUAGCUGCUUGGCAUCUCGCAAUACUUUUCAUUUUUGACAGUCUCCAUGCCAAUUACUAAUGUACUAAUGCUGCUUAAUAAUGGAUCAAUUCUUAAGGAUACAGAGCUUAAAUUUGUGCACCAACAUUGUCUCUUAUUCACAUCACUGAGGUUUACUUGCAUUCGUUUGUGGAAUCUUAGAAUUUUGCCUUACAACUGAUUCAGACAAAAAGCUUUUGUAUAAAAGUUCAGUUACUGUUCCGUUUAAUUGAAUUUAAAUUUGGUUCUGAAUAAUAUUUCCAGUUGAUAUGAUGGCAACUGAAAUCUCAUCUAGCUCUUGCUACAGUUAAAAAAAUUGGCAUGCUUUCUUCUCCAUGCAUGUUGUCCUAUGAUCCUAAUUUUGUUCCUACAAUGCAUUGCCACCGUGGUCCAUGUGAUCAACAAACUUCUGCAAAAGCAAGCUCCAGACAUUAGGAGAAGAAUAGAAUGGCAGGAGAGUGUAUUGUUUCUUGCCAUGCUUUGGUCUGUGUUUUUGUUCCUUUUGUCAGGUUUGCAUCUGUCUUAGUUGACUCAGGAUGCGUUUGAUGUGCUGAAUCACCGUAGUGGCUUGCAACAGUUGAUGCAAAAUGGUGCUAAAAUACUGCUUCUUGUCAUGUGACUAGAAGAUGCUCAUGACAAAGGUCAUGAUGUCACUUGCAUUCAUAUUUUCUUUUAAAUGUUUUGAUGCAAAUGAGUUGGACUGUGCAAUUGCAUCUCGAGCCAGAUACACCCUUACAUCUUCUUUUCCUUGUUCUACAUGAGAGUCACGAUGCUUCUAUACCUUCUUUAUGACACAAGUGACAUCAAGGAGGUCAAGGGCUUUUCCCGCUUGGUGGAGUGCAUCUCGCUGCAUGGUCUGCUGCAUUUCUGUUUCACCUAUCAGUGCCUUGCUCUCCAUGAUGGCUAAAAGUUGACACUUGAAGAGCAUCCGAAAGACUGAAUGAAGAUAAAGUUUAUCUCGAGGAACAAUUGAAGUGUCUAUGAAGGUAAGAAAAAAUGUUAUUUAUAGGAACUGGAGGUGCAGGCUAGAUGCAUUCCAGGAAGAGACAUGCCGAUUGCUUGUCAUGCUUAUGGCCACUGAUAUUGCCAAUUGGCUAACUAGUUGUGAUAGUAUAUUUUUGGACCCACGUUUGGAUCGACAGGUUGCACUGCAUUUUCCAGUUUUCUUGUAGCCAUAUGCUGGCUCUUGGCAGCUCAUCAGGUUUGGCUUGGAACUUUGUUCUCCGAUUCUUAGUUCUUUGCACGGUGCUGACUUCCUUUUUUUGUCCUAACUAAAAAGGAACAAAAACGAUGCUGUGGUUGUGGUAAGGUGUUCUAAUAAUAUCCACAUUCUUUGAAAAUUAUUAAUCUACUGCAUAUUGUUAGAGGAACUCACUACUGCUGUAUUAUCUGUCUGCAAUCAAGAUGAUAUUAUAGUAUUGCAUAGGCAAGCUAACUGUUUUCUGCCAAUGGGUCAUUUGCAGGUUGCUUGAUUUGGAAACUGUUGUUAGGUCAUGAGUCUAUUUCUCUGAGAAUUUGCUAUGGUGGAGCUUACUGAGGAAGCAGACAUUCAAGUUAAAAUAUCAAUCAUGCAUUAGUUCUGUACAAACAUGGAUAUUGCAAGAGUAUCUAAAAAAGAAAGAAAGCAAGUUGCAUCCGAAUCAGUUACUGAAGUUAUUAUCCAUCCAUGGUUGGGAUGUAAAACUACAGAGGUAAUGACUUUGUGAAUCAGGUGGGGCCUACCAGUGCUCACUUUCAGUGGAAUUUUAGUUGUUGAGUGGAAGAGAUCAUUAAUCGUGUCUUCAAAUUCUUGUAGUAUUUGUUACUUUGAAAUCAUGCAGGUGAAAUUUACAUGAACUUCAUUACAUGGUUUCUGCUUUUCUCAAGCCUCUCAAAUGUUUUCUACCACUGCAAUGGUUUUGUGCUUUAACCAUCUAAGAAUCCAUGAAAACAGAUGCAUUAUUGAGUAUAAGAGAAAUGGCAAGGAGCAGCUGUCAUGGGGGCUCACAGCAGCUUUCAUAUGGUCACAAAGCAACUCUGACUCUCCACAUGCAUUGGCAAGCACCAGAGACCUACUAUUUCAUCUGGUAGUGUGGUGUGGUAUCAAAAUGGUCCACUCUAUUCCCUAUAUCUUGUUAUUUGAAAGUAGGUACACUGAAUGUUUAUCGAUCAACCUCUUCUCUUCCAAGCGAAGGCACUCGAAUCUAUUUCUACCUGCAAUGUUUUACAAGCUACAGGCAAUCACUGUCUUAUUUGAAGAUAGGGUGUUUUGCUUAAUUAUGCAUUGAAAAUUUUUAAUUCCUACCUUCUUGCUCCUUUUCCUUAAAUCUGCUACUUGACUUGAUCAGAAUGUGCUUGUCCAAACAAGACCGAAUCCAAAAGAAAAGGCACCAGGCUGAUCAUUUUUCAACAGACAUAUUAUGGUAGAAUUAAAGUGAUGCUGCAAGUAGUGGAAAUACAGCAUGCCGUUCUGAAAAUUGUCAAUCUCAGCAAAGCAGUCAUUCCUCACCAAAUCAUAUAUUUGUUGGAGACUUGUGCAUUGGCUGGUCCAACAGGUACAGUAUUUUCCAAGAAGAAAAAGCUUCCGAACUCAGGCGAUUGACAUGACUCCAAAGUCAUGUUCCUGCACAAUGAUCAUCCCAUCAACAUGAAAGAAGAACGAGAGAUGGCCUGUCUACGGCGAGCAUCGCAGCUUCUCGGCUCACUGGUAUCUUCUUCCUUCUCGGUCCGAUGCUUCCCUUGUAAGUGGCAGUUGAUCCGCAGCAAGCUCGAGCAGCUGCUCUCCGGACUUGCCGCAGCUGCAGACGGCAACUUCCUCAGCCGGAAUUCGGAGGUGGAUUUGCUGCUGAAGUCGAUGUUGUCGACCUUCGAUGACAUCGAAUCGCUUUUACUUCGUUGCGGCGAUGAAUCCUGCGUCGGUGGGAAGCUCCUCUUGAGGAGCGAUCUUAAUGGCGUUGCCUCCAGGCUCGGGCUCCAUAACGAGAGACUUGCGGAAUUGUAUGCUUCUGGGAAUGCGACGCGUUCCCGAGCCAUCGUCCUCACGAAGCCAAGCAGUAAUGCCAGCCUAGAGGACAUCCGAUUCUACGUGAGGGAUCUGUUCUCGAGGCUUAAGAUUGGUGAUACCAGCAUGAGACUGCUAGCUUUGGAUUCUCUUCAUGAGGUUCUCCGCGAAGACGACGAGUAUGUGAGGAUCGUGGCGACGGAUACAGCUGAUGCAGUGUGUCUUCUAGUAAGCUUUCUCGAACACAGAGAUGAUGGACUUCGGGAGAAGGCCGCAGGGGUACUCUUGGUGAUCGCCGAGUUUGAUUCAUACAAAGGACUGCUUGUCGCUGCAGGUGCGAUAGGUCCACUGAUACCAAUCUUGGAGAAGGGAACUGAAUUGGGAAGAGAGAGAGCCGCCGGAAUUCUGAGAAGACUGACCGAGAAUUCCGACAACGGGUGGUCGAUCUCUGCUCAUGGAGGCAUCACGGUGCUGCUCAAGAUCUGCAGCGACGCCGCCGCUUGUCGUAAGGAGCUAAUUGGGUUGGCUUGUCAGAUUCUAAGCAACCUCGGCAGCGCUGAAGAGAUGAGGAGGUUCAUGGUGGAGGAGGGCGCCAUUCCUGUUCUCUUACAGCUCACCCUGUCCAAGGAAGAAGAAUCACGGAUUCAAGCCAUUGAGUGCCUUCAUUCCAUGGCAUCUGCGGACAAUGGCAUCAGACAAAUCGUUGUCGGAGAAGGACUUAUCGCCUCGAUAACUGAGUUACUGGAUCCAUGCUCACCCUGCUCAUCGACGGCAAGAGAGGCGGCUCUCAAGGCUACCGAGCUGCUCCACUCAGCAGAUUCCAUAGCUGUCCUGAUGAGCUCCGGCUUCUUGAAUCGAGCGCUCUUCUUCGUCAAACAUGGCGGCGUCUCCGUCCAGGAGUUGGUCCUGAAGAGCGUCUCCCGCCUCUGUGAGCUAUCCGAGGAGUGCAGGAAGGCCAUGGGCGACGCGGGCUACAUGACGGAGCUCGUGAGCUUACUGGAAGCCAAAUCAGCUGGAGUCAGAGAGAAAGCAGCUGAGACCAUUCAUAACAUGAUCUGUGCUCAACGAAAUAGGAGAAGGUUGAUCCAAGACGACCACGACGUGGACCGGAUCAUGCGGUCGCUCGAUCUCGUGGACGGGAACUCUGCGACGAGGAAGCACCUGCUCUCCGUGCUGAAGGCAGUGGCGGAGAGCAACAGCGGAAGGAGAAGGAUCAUGGCCUCCGGGUGCGUGCAUUGCUUGCAGAGACUGGCAGAAGCCGACGAGGUGGACGCCAGGAAGGUGAUGAAGAAGCUCUCUGCCCGGAAUCGAUUUCGAAGUAUCCUGAAUGGAUUCUGGAGCUACUGACUUCCUUUCAGCUGCUGUAAUAUGCAAUCUGCUUUGUUCAUCAUCGGCAUCUCUUUUUCUGUCUUCAUGAUUCCAACCAGCUUAUCAUGCAAUUCUCAGCUGGUGAUAUUUGGAUGAUACAUAUAUUAUGUGUUUUUUUUUGGGGGGGUUUUGAUCAUUAUUUUAGAAUGUCUGCUAAAUGGCCAUAUGAAAUUGUAGAUAAACCUGACCCUUA